AUGACCUCACGCAUUGAGAAGACCAUCGCUCGACAGCAAGAGAAAAUCGCUUCUGGUGCAUAUUACGAGGCUCAUCAACAACUACGAGUCAUCGCCGCGCGUUAUAUCAAACAAGCCAACUACGAUGUGGCGGCAGAACUAUUAGCUAGUGGCGCUGCAGCCCUCUUGAAAGCCGGCUCCCAGCAGGGUGCUUCCGCUAGUGGCGGAGACCUGGCUAUCAUGCUGGUCGUUGAGGUGUACAUCAAGGCAGGUUGGGAGAUCACCCCCGGUGAUGAUGAUACUGAAGGACGAAUCCGCAAGAAGCGAUUGAUCGAGCUUUUGCACGCCUUCCCACCCGAGGAACCUACACGGAAAAGGUUUAUCCAAGAGAUGAUUGGAUGGAGUGGUCGUUUUGGCCCCCUGGAGAGAGGCGACCCCGAAUUGCAUCAUGCUGCUGGGUCAGUAUACGCCGAGAACAGUGAACCAUAUGACGCUGAGAAGCACCUUAUUUUCGGUACCUCAGAAUCGGCCGAGACUCUGGCGAAACUUGAAUACGAGUGGUACACUCAUGACGAUCCGCAUACGGCAGCUAUCUACGCAUCUCGUGCCGUAUUUCCAUACCUUCUCAUCGGAAACCUCCGUAACGCCAACAAGGCCUUUCUUAUCUUCACGUCAAAGCUUUCCUCCUCGAAUCCAUCACUCGGCGUACAAGAGGUUAGCAGCGCUAGUUCUGACGUGCGGGUUUAUCCCGCGCUCCCUUUGCUGAACUUCAUAAGCAUGCUCCUCCUCACGAUACAGCGUGGUAGUUCGGAUCUUUUCAAGCAGCUGACCGCUCAUUAUGCAUCCCACAUUCGAGAGGUGGGUAUCUGGGACGAAGCCCUGGCUCAGCUGGGUGAGCAGUAUUUUGGGAUCAAAAUUCCCAGGCAAAGCAAUCCCUUGCUAGACAUGAUGGGCAGCAUGCUUUUCGGAGGUGGUCAGGAUACUGCCGGUGCCCGGACGGCACCUCAAGGACGAGCGGGUUCGAAAAGGGUCGAGGCGCCCCUUGCGAGUAUGGAGCUUGACUAG